ACCGCGUUAGCGAGCGGAAGUUUCAAGACAAUUCGUGCGAUAACGUGAAGACGUGUUAUUUAAUCUACCCGCUUUUAAAAUUAUACCUACCUAAUAGCUAUGGCGGAUGAUGUUAUGAGUUACGAUAGUAAGUGUGACGAAAUUCAAGUGUAUGGGGAACAAGAAUUAUGUGUCGUACAAAGUGGCGAGUAUGGAAAUAAUGGGUCUACGCCGAAAAAAGUCGAUAAGAGGCCGCGGGAGACCGAAGACAGUAGUGAGGAUGGAUUUACAACGGUGGCGAGAAGAAAAUCAAAGAGACAUAUUAGAACUGAGUCUUAUGAAAAUGACAGGUCAUUCAGUGAAAAUAACGAAAACAUGAGCGGUACUUAUUAUGAAGUGAGUUUAUUUGGAUUACAAAUUCUUCCAAAACAGAUGGCUUUUGCUAGGUUGUUAAGAGACGAAAAUAUUUCUAAUGUGCUUAAAAUAAAGUAUAAAAGUCCAUAUAAAAUAUUUAUACAAUUUAGUGAUAAAAAUCAAGCCGAAAAAUUUAUGAAUUUGAAAAAACUAACAGAGUUGGAUAUAAGAGCUCAGUUUACAAAUCAAGGUAAUUUGUCUUACGGGAUUAUUAAGGGAGUUGACGUAGGUACAAGCGAAAAGGAGUUGCUAGAAAAUUUGAAGUGUGACUAUGAUAUAAUUUCAGCUAGACGAUUGAAACGUGUAAAUAAGGAGGGUAAGUGGGUUGAAAGCGAAACUGUGAGAUUAUGCUUUAAAAACCCCUUUGCGCCGUUAUCGAUAUAUGCAUAUGGAUUUAAAUUUGACGUCGAACGAUUUGAGUUUCCGGUGUCAAGAUGCUCUGGGUGCUGGUCUUUUGGACACAUUAAGAGAUUUUGUAAGUUAAAUAAGAAUAUUUGCCCGAAAUGUGGUGGAGCUCAUGAUAAUUGUGAAAUCAAAGAAUAUAAAUGUAUUAAUUGUAAAGGUCCGCACAUGGCUCUAGACAAGUCUUGCCCCUUUUUUAGAAAAGAAAAAAAGAUUCGAUUUAUAAUGAGUGAGAAUAAUGUUACGUACAAAACAGCGCUAGAGAUAUAUUUGAAAAAUCAAAAAGAAGAGAAGGCAAACAAUUCGAGAGAGGAAGUUGAUAUAGAUCUUGACAGAAGCAAUACAGUUCCGGUAUCAGAGAGUACAACGGCUAGAAGUUACAGUAGCGUGCUGAAAACGACAGCUAUAGUACAUGGAAAGGAAAAGAAGGAUGAGCAAUCAGAUAAUAUAAUAAUAAAUGAAAACCAAAAUAAGGACAAAAAGAAAAAGAGAGUUAAGAAAACUGAUAACAUGAAUAAUAGUGAAUCUCAGAACGAGAGAAUGGAUUAUGAUGGAAGUCAGGAAAGUGAUCAAGAUACACAAGAUGAAUCUACAGAAAAAGCGAGGACAAGAAAACGAAAUAGAUUUGAUUUUUGGAAGCUGUUUAAUAGAAUUAAGGAGAUUGUAUUAUCUGAAGAAAAUUGGUGUGAUAAAGUGAUGUUAGUGGUAAGAGCUGUUUUUGAAGAGUGUAAGUUGUUUUUAGUUAAUUUUUUGAGUGAAGGAAAAUUGUAUGACGUUUUUUCAAAGUUUCUUUUUAAUGGCUAAGGAAUUUUACUUAAAUAUUAUUCAGUGGAAUGCACAAAGUUUGAAACCUAAGUUAUUAAUGUUAGAUAAUUUAUUACAUCAAGAAAAAAUACAUAUAGCUGUUAUUUCUGAAACGUGGUUGGAUGCAGACACUGCACUCCAUAUUAGUGGAUAUAAUAUUUAUCGAAAAGAUCGUCAUGAUUCGUAUGGAGGGGUUGCCAUUGUUGUACAUAAGUCUAUCAGAUCGCAUGUUAGCUCUGUUGAUUCCAUUAAUCCAGGAAUAGAGGCUAUUCGCAUAAAAAUUUUAAACUGUAAAAAUUUGGAAUAUGUUGUAUCUAUUUAUUGCCCUUCUUCUAUUCAAACCCGUCAAUCAGAUUGGGAUAAUAUUUUUUCAGUAAUAACUAGAAAGACGCUUAUAUUAGGCGAUUUUAAUGGCCAUCAUUCGAACUGGUCAAAUAAAACAGACCAAAGAGGAGUACAUUUAUUUGACUCAGCACUUGAAAGUGGGUUCAUAUCACUAAAUAACGGAGAUGCCACCAGAGUCAAAUUAGUAAACGGUGUUCUACAAAGAUCGGCUCCUGACAUAAGUUUUGCAUCGUCAGAUAUAGCUGUAAACUUCAAUUGGCAGGUUUUUAACGAAAAUUUAGGAAGUGACCAUCUUUUAAUUAAAAUGUCGACAAGUUAUCAAGAUAAUAUAAACAUCUCUAAAAAACUUAAUUUUAAAAAAGCAGAUUGGAAAUUAUAUAAUAAUGACUUAAUGAAUGUAUUUCCAAAUAUUGAUAGUUGCAGUUGUACGUCAAGUGACGUGCAAAUAUAUUAUGAUUAUUUACUUGAAAAAAUUAACGUUUCAGCGAAUAAAAAUAUUCCUGAAAUUAUUUUCUGUACCAAUCCGUCGAACAAAUUCAAGCCUAAAGAGUAUUGGGGACCAUCAUUAUCUAAAAUUAUUGGGGAACGUAGGCUCUCAUUGAGUACUUUUCGAAAAAAUCCUACUCCUGAAAAUCUUAGAAAACUGGAGGAGAAAACUAGGGAAUCUAAUGUUUUAUUAAAGAAAGCUAGAUCUUUGGAUUGGCAAAAAUUUUGUUUGAAUAUCAAUGAAUCAACUUCUACAUCGGUCAUGUGGGAUAAGAUGCGUUGGUUUAAAGGUUAUCGAAAAUCUAAGUUUUGUCCAUCAAUCGAAAAGACCAAAGCAUUGCUGUAUUCUUUGACACCAGAUUCAGUCAUUAACUGUCCACCCAUAUUUAAUUCUAACAACGAAUUAUUACAAAGACUGUUUGCAGUACAAGAGUUAGAAUGUUGUCUGAAAAAGAAAGAUACAGCUCCUGGUAGUGAUGGGGUAACUUAUUCAAUGAUUUUUAAUUUACCGCCAGCUGGUAAAUUGUAUCUUUUAAAUAUUUAUAAUGCUAUAUUUAGGUUAGGCGUCGUACCAGAUCAAUGGCGGAAGACUUUGAUCGUGCCUAUUCCCAAAGCCACGACUAAUGCAAAUACAGAUCCAAAACUUAGACCGAUAGCACUCAUUUCUUGUCUUUGUAAAAUAUUUCAUAACAUGUUAGGCAAAAGGAUUGAAUGGUAUGUUGAAAAACAUAAAAUAUUGUCGCCACAUACAGUUGGUUUUAGGAGGGCCCAAUCCAGCCUAGAUUGCCUAUCAAGACUUGUGACAUAUAUACAAGUA